GUAUAUAAGCAAGUUGUAAAUAUGACUUCUAUGCUGUGAGCUGUGACAAUUGAUCUGUAACCAACUGAGUCUCAUUCGUUCUCAUUCUGAGAAGAAUGAAGGGCGUUAUAGUACUCAUGUUAUGUGCCCAGCUGUUCUGUGCUAAAGCAGGGCGAGUAAAGGGUGCAAAAGAACCAACAUUAACUACAGUUUCUUGCAGUGACCCUGGAGUAGAAGGUGCUGCAGAUUUGUCUCUACGCCAGCUUAGUGCCAACCGUAAAGAGGGGUUUGUGCUUGGGCUCAGGAGGAUUACCAAUGUGCAAGAACAAUUUGAUGAGGAAAAUGGAUCUGUGUUUUACAUAACACUGGAUGUGGUAGAAACCCAGUGCCAUGUUCUGAGCCGAAAACUGUGGAAAGAUUGUGAAGCCAAACCCCAUCAUGAAGCUGUUAUUGGACAGUGCAAGCUGACAUUCCAAUUGAAUAAACCCAAGCGAAUUGCUCAUCUCCACAAUUAUGACUGCGAUUUGAGACCAGCUGAUCGAGGAGAUUUUGGCUGUCCUGGUUGCCUUUUUUCCAAACCACUGAAUGAUUCUAACUUUCAGGAGGUUGCAAAGAAGAGUUUGGAGAAGUUUAACACAGAGAGUAACUAUGACAAAUAUUUUGUAAUUGGAAACAUCACAAAAGGAUCUACACAGGUGGUUGCAGGACAAGCCUACCAUGUGGAGUUCACAAUUCAUGAAUCUACCUGUAAUAAGACUGAAAACAAGUCCCAGUGUACACUCUUGGACUGUGAAUUUGCACACACAGGCUACUGCAAGACCAAGGCUGUAGCACACUGGAGCACACCUGAUGAGAAGAAAGUGCAAAGUGUCUCCUGCGAUAUAUUUGAACCAGAGGCUGCUAUAAAGGAAGAGCAGAACCAUAAGGAUGGCCAUGCUGCUGAUAAACCUGAUAGUGACAAAAAAGAUCACCAUGGAAAGAAAGGUGACCGAGGAAAAGGGAAGAAACAUGGGCACAAAAAGGGCCAUGGACAUGAACACAAGCAUGAUCACAAACAAGGCCAAAAACAUGACCAUGAUCACAGUGAAAGCCAGGAGCACGAGCAUGACCAUGAGCAUUUACACAACUAUGAACAUCAUCACUCCCCUCCCCAAAAGGCACACGGUCCUUCAUCAGAUAUUCCCAAAACUGUUGGAACUAUUACCUACCUCGUUUCUGAUGUAGCACCGUCAGCGGUUCCUAAAGGACAAGAUAACAAGAGAAAAGGAUCAAAACCAGACAAAAAGGGAAAACCUUCUAAAUCCUUUAUUCUGCCUUUCCCUGACAAUGCCUCAGCAUCUGCCCAGUGCCCUGGUCUAGCCAAGAAUUUUCCAGUUAUAGAAGACCUUCCCAUUUUAGAAAUACCACAAGAGCCAACCCGAAUCCCAAAGUAGGCAUACAGUAGCUUCAAGUUCUGCUUGAUAAAAUAAUAUUUUUGUACACUCUAGAAACUGUAGUCAAUAUAAGUGUAUUAAAAAUGUGAAUGUAAUAAUGUUUUUUGUCCACUAUUAAUAAAGAAAGAAAACACUUAUUAAAUUA